CGCGGGAGCGAGUCUAUUCCGUCAGUAACUUUUAAAAGGCAACAGAGGGCGCUAUAACAUUUGUAGCGCCCUGAAUAAUUUCGUAUUUGAAUCAUUGAUGCACCCGUGUGAAGUUCACAUACGGAUGCUAUUAUGGACAAACCACUUCACAUUUGCUCACCGCUGCUUGAGAGUCUGCCCAUGGCCAAAGUAGCAGGCUGCAAAGUCUUCAUCAAAUGCGACAACACACAGCCCUCUGCUUCAUUCAAGAUAAGGGGCAUUGGACACAGGAUACAGAAGGCAAUAAAGACAGGAGGGAAACACAUAAUCUGCUCAUCAGGUGGUAAUGCGGGCGUUGCCGCAGCCUAUGCAGCCAGGCAGCUAGGCAUGCCUGCCACCAUCGUCAUCCCAGAGAGCACCCCGACAUUUGUGGCGGACGGACUGAGAGACGAAGGAGCGAACGUGAUUGUUCAUGGCAAGGUUUGGGAUAAUGCCAAUGAGUAUGCAUUGAAGUUGUCUGAAGAGAUAGACGGGUCCAUCAUAAUCCAUCCUUUUGAUCAUCCAGAUGUUUGGGAAGGGCACAGCUCUAUCAUCACAGAAUGUGCAACUGAGCUCCCUUCUAAGCCAGACGCUGUAGUCCUCUGCAUUGGGGGCGGAGGCUUAUUUUGUGGGGUGGUGCAAGGAAUGCAGAAGGCAGGUUGGCACGACGUUCCCAUCAUCGCCAUGGAAACGAAAGGAGCAGACAGCUACAAUGCCUCAGUGGUCGCUGGAGAACUAGUCACUCUACCGGACAUAACAAGUGAAGCUAAGUGCCUCGGUGCACUGACUGUUUGCCGAAGAAGUUUUGAAUACUACAAGGAGCAUCCGAUUCCGAUUCACUCCGUGGUGGUUGAUGACAGUGAUGCCAUGAAGGCAUGCCUACGAUUUUUAAAUGACCAUAGAAUGUUGGUUGAGCUCGCUUGUGGGGCGGCGCUGUCUUGCAUUUACAGCAACAUCAUCCAGGAUCUUAAAAACAGCGGCAAGUUGCGUUCGGACCUUCAGUCUGUACUAGUAAUUGUUUGCGGAGGGAAUGGCAUUUCGUUGGAGAAACUGCUCAAGUACAAAUCGUCCAUCGGUCUCUGAGACAAAACCAAAAUUUUCAGCAAUUUAUGGUAUAGUUGGAGAUGCGAAUGGCCUCUUCCAGCUUUUCAAUGAAACAGGGUGGUGUCAACCAAAUAGAUCACGAGUCAGGUGACCAAGUAGUUCGGUCAAACUUGGUCACAAGUAUUGUAGGCACGAGCACGAGGGGAAAAGACUCGGCAUUUGUCAAAGUUCUCUAUACUUUUUUUUUCUUGGGUCUUCUAUCAUUAAUCCCAUAGACGAAUGUGUGACGUCAUGUGGCGAAUGAGCAAUGUAUGCAACUUUGUUUCCAGUUAUUAUGAUUGUUUGCGGUCUGACGUGCAGUGAAUGGAAAAUAGCAACGAUUUUUAAAAAAUCUUUUUGUGAAGGUGCCCUCUAUUUUAAGAAAAAGGUGUUUUGACAGUUUACCUUGAUGAUCAGUUUUGGGAGAAAAAAAGUAGCUUUGAAGUCAAAGAGUUCAAAGUAUUGAAUAGCUGUCACUGUUCUUGUUGAAAGCCUAACGUUACCAAAUUCCACCGUUUUAUGUAUUCUGGAUACAGAAAGUAUUUUUUUAAAAAAAGUAUUAUGUUAUGCGCUUUGGGUUUUGUUGGAAAUUUACUUUCAGGUAUGAAGGCGGUAAAAAAAAGUUUCUUUUUAAGUGUAUAAAUAUUAUAACAAAAAAAUAAUAAAUGCAUGUAUAUUUAUUUGUGGUACAGCUGAUACAAA